UAUUUUACAUUUUCUACCCUGAAAAAUAAUGAUAGGAAACAAGUGAAAAACUUGGUCGGAGUAAGCACGGUUACAGAAAGAGAGCAGGAAUGAUAGAAACGGUGUCACCACGUUAACAGAAGCUACCAGUUUUGAUUCAAGCGGAUCCAGAUCAGAUCAGACACCCACUCUCAAAACCAUUUCGAUCUAUAAUGGAGUGGGAAGGUGCAGUUUCAGGAUCCGAUAUGGAGGUUCCCAUCCCUCUUCCUUUAGCCUCUGAAUCGCAACAACCUUAUGUCUCCGAACUUCUCUCCUUCACUCUCGAUCGCCUUCACAAGGAACCCGAACUUCUCCGCGUCGAUGCCGAACGGAUCCGUCGCCAAAUGCAAGAGGUCGCCGUCGGUAAUUACCGUUCCUUCAUUGCCGCUGCUGAUGCCUUGCUUGCUAUUCGUCACGAAGUCUCUUCUAUUGAUAAUCAUCUUGAAUCUAUGAUAAAUGAAAUCCCAAAGCUGACAUUUGGAUGCACUGAAUUCAUAGAAUCUGCAGAACAGAUUUUGGAGAAGAGGAAUAUGAACCAAACAAUGCUAGCCAACCACAGUACUUUGCUUGACUUGCUAGAAAUUCCUCAACUUAUGGACACGUGUGUACGGAAUGGAAAUUACGAUGAAGCCCUAGAUUUAGAAGCAUUUGUCGGCAAACUUUCAACCAUGCAUCCAAAGUUACCCAUUAUUCAAGCAUUAGCGGCAGAAGUUAGACUGACUACCCAAUCACUUCUUUCUCAGCUUCUUCAGAAACUUCGCUCAAAUAUUCAGUUGCCUGAAUGCCUGCGCAUUAUUGGAUAUUUACGGCGAAUAGCAGUAUUUAGUGAGUAUGGGAUGCGUUUACUGUUCUUAAGAUGUCGAGAAGCAUGGCUUAAUGGUAUUCUUGAGGAUCUGGACCAGGCAAAUCCAUACGAGUACUUAAAAGGAAUGAUUAAUUGUCACAGAAUGCAUCUUUUUGAUGUUGUGAAUCAAUAUCGAGCUAUAUUUGCUGAUGAUACAUCGGGAAGUGAGGAAAACUAUGAUGGUGGACUACUUUUUAGUUGGGCAAUGCACCAAAUUACCUCACACCUGCAAACUCUGAAAGUUAUGCUUCCAAAGAUAACUGAAGGCGGGUCACUGUCAAAUAUUUUGGAUCAGUGCAUGUACUGUGCUAUGGGACUUGGUUGGGUUGGAUUGGAUUUUCGAGGCUUGCUCCCACCACUUUUUGAAGAGGCAGUUCUCAACUUAUUCUCCAAAAAUAUGAGUACCGCAGUUGAGAAUUUUCAGUUGGUCUUGGAUUCACAUCGCUGGGUUCCCCUGCCCACAGUUGGCUUUCGUUCAAAUACUGUUGAAGAAACUAAAGAGGAUGUAACUCCCCCCUCUUAUUUGAUGGAGCAUCCACCUCUUGCUGUUUUUAUUAAUGGUGUAUCUGCAGCAAUGAAUGAGCUCCGUCCGUGUGCCCCAAUAAGUUUAAAACAUGUCCUUGCCCAAGAAUUGAUCAAGGGGUUACAGGCUGUUUCUGAUUCAUUGUUGCUAUACAACACAACACGGGUUCUUAGGGCUAACGAAUCAGGGCUUUUCCUCUCACUUUGCCGGGCAUUUAUUGAGGUUGCUUAUCCUCAUUGUGCUACAUGUUUUGGGCGUUGCUAUACCGGUGGAGCAACUCUUAUCAUGGAUGCAAAGAACGUUUAUGAUGGAAUCCGCCGCCUAGUAGAGGCUUCCUCUGCAAGAGAACUCCCAAAACCAGUAAAUAAUAGGGAAGCCAGUGGCAUAGCUGAGAACGGUGAAGUGACAAAAAUGGAUAAUGGUGAAACAUCUGAUGCCAAAGAAUCUGAAGUCAUCAAUACUGAAUCUGAAGCCAUCAAAACUGAUGAGGAGAACAAUAUCUCUACUUCUGAGACAGGUCAGGAAGACACUAAUCAUGAAAAAAGCUCUACUUCUCCGACAGGGCAGGAAGACACUAAUAUUGAAAAAAACUCUACUCAGACAGGUCAGGAAGACACUAAUCUUGAAAAGACGGAUGAAUAAGUGACAUUAUAGUGAUCAACAAAGUUGUAUUUUUUUUCUAUAUAUAUAAUUUUUAAACAUAUCUUUGUUUCAGACUUCCCCCGCCCGAGUUUUGGGUCAGUUUAUUUCUUUAUAUGUUAUUGUAAGCUGUAAUUAUAUUAUCAGGUGGUGGAAUAGUACAAAUAGGCUGUAGAAAGUACUUGAUUGUUAGAAGAGCUAAAGGGAUUUUGACACAGAUUACAUGUAAGGAACAUUUAUUUCUUUGUUUUCUUUUUCAUGGGGAUAAUGUUUUCCUCUACAGGCCUUGUCGAGGGCCUAUCACAAGCUAUUAAAAAAUUCUUAUCUGCUUAUUUACUCUGA